AUGAAGCGGCCUGGUGAAGCACAUUCUUUUGCUUGGAAACAUCAGAAACGAGAGAUUCAGCUGGGUUCCAGCUUGAAAUGCUGCCUCGUCAAUAGGACUGUGAUGCAUAUCCAAGACAAAGAUCAAGAACUUGUUCGUCUACGGCUGAAGCCAAAGAGAGGGAAAGGGAAUAACUCACUUUUAUUCCGGUUCCUGUUAAAGCCGAACAUCCUUGAAUCUGCCACGGACGAUCCCGGAUAG